AUGCCCAAAAUCGAAUCAGCAACAUACACCCACGGCCACCACGCCAGCGUGAUCCGCAGCCACGCAGCGCGCACAGCCAAAAACUCCGUCGCCUUCCUCCUCCCACACCUCAAGCCCAGCAUGAAAAUCCUCGACAUCGGCUGCGGGCCCGGCACCAUCACGGUCGACUUGGCCGAGUAUGUUCCCAAGGGAUCCGUAACGGGUCUUGAGCGGGCGGGUUCGAUCCUCGCACAAGCGCGAGAUCUCGCGGAGACCCGGGGAAUCACCAAUAUUGAAUUUGUGGAGGGUGAUGCCAAUGAUCUUUCUUUUGCGGAUGGUAGUUUCGAUGUCGUUCUUUGUCACCAGGUUCUGCAGCAUGUGGGGGACCCCGUGGGAAUGCUUCGGGAGAUGAAUCGGGUCGCGAAGAGCGGUGGUAUUGUUGCGGCGCGGGAGGCCGACUAUGGGGUCUUCGUGUGGUACCCUGAACUUCCUGGGCUGAAGGAAUGGCAGGGACUAUAUGAUCGGGUUGCGCGGUAUAAUGGGGGCGAACCGAAUGCGGGCCGAGUCUUGCAUGCAUGGGCCCGACAAGCAGGUCUGAGUGAGGUCAAGUCGUCUUGUUCAAUGUGGUGCUACUCAACUAAAGAGGAGAUUGCCUGGUGGAGUGGCUCGUGGCAGGAGCGGGCGCUGAAGUCUGCUUUUGCCGCUACGGCAAUGGAGGGCAAGUUAGCGACACAGGAGGAUUUGGAGAGGGUGUCGAGGACCUGGAAGGAAUGGGGAGAGGACCAGGAUGCGUGGUUGUCCAUUCCCAAUGCAGAGAUCCUGUCACAUAAGCAGUAG